UCAUUAGUGUCAUUGUCACCUGACUGAUUUUUGUUAGUUUUUAUUUGUGUGCCUUUUUGUCAAGACGUAGAAUUUGAGAAGGAAUUCCAGGCAUUUUCCUUGAGAAAUCUACGUUUCUAGUCUGUGGACAAAAAAUUUGAAUUUUCCCGUGUCUCGGCCAAAAUUUAAAAAAGGAUUUGAUCGCUUUUGGAUCUCAGAUCAGAAAUGCUCUGUUUUGUGUUCAUUGCACUUCUCUCAAUAUCUGUGUCAGGGCAAACCGACCCUGAACGACAGGUUCAUUGGGUUUCCAACCCAGGUUGUCCCAAGGAUUCACCUCGAUGGGACUGCAACCAGACCCAGAUCUUGCACGUGGUCUCUCAGGGACCAAAUGACACGAUCAACUAUUUGUGGGCCUUUUACUCGAAGCCCAGUCUUCUCAUCUCGGUGACCGAUUCAGACGCCGAGCUUAAAAUCGACUGGGCUAAUUUGGGGUUAACUAAGAACCGAACAAUUCGCUUCGACCCUAAACCUGAUUACUCAUUUGGUUUAGCCUUGGACAAGGUUAUUGAGUUUUAUGAUGCCUCGGACAGUGCUAACAUGAGUUUGGCCAACGAUUCGAUUGCUCGUGAAACCGAAAAUUUCACUUGGUCGGUGCAGAAAAUUAACCUGGAAGGUGGAGAUUUGCAAGUUGAGUUGCUUGGAUCUCAGUACAACAACGGCAGUUUGAAGGGAAAUAUUACAAUGAUGCUCUCUGUUUUUGGUAAAGAUGGUUAUGGGCCUCUGCUGCCGCAUAUCCAGCAUUCCUCAAAUGCCAGUCAGGUUGAAAUCACGCUGGAAAAUUUUGAGACAUCCAAGAAAUUCAAAGGCAAGUCGAGGUUUGGCUUGCAAUUUAUGCUGGUUGAUAGUUUGGCUGGAGAGGGACCUGACCAAGUUGAGGAAAAGCGAAGCCUUGAUGAUGAGCACACGCCUGGAGUUUUUACUAUUGAUGAGUUGCUCACUCCUACUGUGCGAAACGGUGGUCUGGGAGGCUAUUUGGAAUGGAGGCCUGUUGCUUACACAAGUUCUGCCAGAGCCAUCGAAGAGUCGACCACCACUGUUCACUACCCCAUGAGGAAUGUCAGCCAAGCUCACCUGAAGGGUUCCUUGUUGCACGACUUUUUUGGUCACAGCCUUGCCCACACACUUGUGCCUCAAGCGCUGAACAUUUCCUUCGGAGUCUCCGAAGACGGAUUUUACAGAGCCACUAAUCACAAUGCCUGGACCUUCACUAUGGGGUAUGGUCAACCACCGAAAGAAAAGUUCUCACUGCUGGUGAUUUUGAUCUUGGCCAUUGGUCUCGGAGUUCCUGCCACCCUCUUUGUUUUCGGCGGAAUAUUCAUGGCUUGUAAAAAGUGCAGAGCCAGAAAAGAGGAACCCUUGCUCAAUUAAUACUUUGUUGUAAAGAAAUUCCAAUCAACAUGUUAACCCCUCAAAGACUGCUCUCUGCCUUCUCUCAUUAAUAGCAAUAUUUUGCAAAGUAAGUUUGUUGUUGUGAAUAUUUAGUUAAAUUAAAAAUUUUCAUAAAUAUAUUAA